CCAUGAAAACUCGAACAAAAACCCCUCACUCACUUCUAUAAGAAAAGUCCAUGUGGAAAGGACCGCCAAAACAAAAAACCUUCAACCCUCUUCUGCCUUCAAUUUUUCCUGCAAUUUUCAGACCUGGGUUUGAAGUGUAUAUAUAGAGAAGAUUUAGAUACAAAAACCCCUUUAAAAACUUAGUUAAUAGAUUCAAAAAAAGCUAAUCGAUGGCGAGGAGAAAAAGUUUGAAACUUGACCAUGUGUAGAAGCUAAAAAAGUUAAAAGAAACAAUCUUUUUCUGUCUUAUGGCAUGCGACUACCAGCUGCAUAGAAGAAGAAGAAGAGUUUCAGUUACAUUAAAGGAGUUAAUCCAAAUAGAGAUCUUUGCUUAGUUAUUUCGUUGAUUCUGGUGGGUUGGCUGUGAUCUUUACAAUGAAAAGUCAUCAUCAUCAGUUGCUGUUUAUGUUCUUGGUCUUCUUUGCUCAAAAGAUUGAGCUUCUGACAGCAGAAACAUUCACCGGAACCUAUGGAAUAAACUACGGAAGAAUUGCAGAUAACAUCCCCUCACCAGAUGAAGUUGCUACACUUCUCAGGGCAGCAAAGAUUAAGAAUGUUCGGAUUUAUGAUGCCGAUCACAGUGUCCUCAAGGCGUUUAGUGGCACUGGGCUUCAACUUGUUGUUGGGCUUCCCAAUGGGUUUGUGAAAGAAAUGAGUGCUAACGCUAGCCAUGCCAUGGCUUGGGUUAAAGAAAAUGUGCAAGCAUUCCUUCCCAAGACCAGUGUUUGUGGGAUUGCUGUGGGUAAUGAAAUUUUAGGAGGAGGUGAUUAUGAACUCUGGGAAGCUCUUGUGGGCGCUGUUAAAAAUAUUUACAACGCCGUGGAUAAGCUUGGUUUGGCUGAUGUAGUUCAGAUUACUACAGCACAUUCACAAGCUGUUUUUGAUAAUUCUUACCCUCCCUCUUCGUGUAUAUUCAGAGAGAAUGUUGCUCAAUUCAUGAAGCCACUCUUAGAGUUCUUCUCACAAAUUGGUUCUCCGUUCUGCUUGAAUGCUUACCCUUUCCUAGCUUACAUGAGUGAUCCAGAGAAUAUUGAUAUAAAUUAUGCUCUUUUCCAGAAAACCAAGGGGAUAUAUGAUAUGAAAACAGAUUUACACUAUGAUAACAUGCUUGAUGCUCAGAUUGAUGCAACCUAUGCUGCUCUGGAAGACGCUGGAUUCAAAAAGAUGGAAGUCAUAGUCACAGAGACAGGUUGGGCCUCACUUGGAGAUGCUAAUGAAGCUGCAGCAACAGUUAAUAAUGCAAGAACAUUUAAUUAUAACCUGCGUAAGAGGCUUGCAAAGAAGAAAGGUACUCCACUUAGGCCAAAAAUGGUGGUGAAGGCCUAUAUUUUUGCUAUAUUUAAUGAGAAUUUGAAGUCUGGGCCAACUUCUGAGAGGAACUUUGGACUUUUCAAGCCUGACGGAAGCAUUUCAUAUGAUAUUGGGUUUCAUGGACUUUCAUCUGCAGAAUCGUCACUUUUAUCUCUGAAGGCUGUCCAAUCUCAAGGUUUGACCAAGUCCUACAUAUUGAUAUUGACAAUCUCUGCUGCCGCUUUGAUUCUAUUUCUGAAACAAUAAUGUCGGAACAGUCAUUAUUAUAUUAGAGCGAAACCAGCAUUGAAAGUCAAAAUUUCUAGGUUCGAUACCAUUCAGAUAACACAGUACAAAAAUACAAACUGGUUUCGAUACCAUUCAUGUCACUCAAGAGUACAAGAGAUACGAACAUUGAUUUUGUAAUUUGCAUAAUAUAUUUCCCCAGAAUUGCUGAUUUUUUUAUCUAUUUCAGCAAAUGUA